AUGUUGCUGCGUCGACAGCCCGUACCCCCUUCGCGUCGCCCUGGCACGGGCCCCGAAACCUUUACAAAAGUCCGACGCUGCAACUUCUUUCGACGUCAGCUUCGUCGGUUCCUCCGUUGGUCUUCGGCCGUGACAACUGAGCCGUCGAGUUGCGCACCUGGUGAGGCCAUUCAGGGCACAGUCGCUGCGCGUUUGCUCGAGAAACGAGCAGAGACUGCGGUCGUUCGUUGCGCUGUUGAUCCCAUAAUGGUGUUGCAUCGACCGACGUCGUCAUUGCAGCUGCAGUGCUUUGGGUCUGCUGCAAGCACGCGGACCGGCGGUCGACGACAGAAUGAAGACCGUCUUCGGGCGAUUGACAACUUGGAUCGCUACGGACGUGAGCUGCUGGAAGUGGCCCCUCCGAACUCGUCGCUGUGUUUCAGGGAUUUGCUUCAGCAUCGAGGGCUCGAGGACUUUGUCGAGGAAGCACAUGCCCCACCUGCAUUGGCAGUUAACCACUUGCUGCUGCCACGAGCAGAGACGCAGUUCUUCGGUGUCUACGACGGACACGGCGGGGCACAAGUCUCGUCGCUCUUGGCACUGCUGUUUCCAGUGUACGUCCUCGCGGCACCUGAGUAUGCGAGUGACCUGGCAGCGGCCUGUCAUUCGGCGACGAUGGCGAUGGAUGAGGAGAUUCGGAAGCGAGAGCUCAAAGGCGGAGCUACUGCCGUGACACUGCUGCUUCGAGGAGAGACAGCCGUACUGAGCAAUACGGGAGACUGUCGAGCGAUCCUCGUGGCCAAGAGAGAUCAGGCGGGGGUGCACGUGACGCAACUGACAACGGACCACAAGGCUUCAAAUGAACAGGAGAAGCGACGGAUUGAAGAGAGUGGUGGCAUGGUGUUGUACGUGAGGGGCGUGGCUCGAGUGAAUGGCCGUCUGGCAGUUGCAAGAGCUUUUGGAGACUCCGAGUUAGGCCGUCUUGUCAUUGCCGACCCGGAGGUGACUGUGCACGCACUACACCAAGAAGACGAGUACAUUGUCUUGGGCUCGGACGGCUUGUGGGAUGUGCUGACGAACGAGCAGGUGGCAUCGUACAUUGGGGAACACCCGUUGCUGGAUGUGCAGGAGAUGGCCCACAUGCUGACACAUCUCGCUGUUGAGCUCGGCACUUCGGACAACGUGACGGUAAUUGUAGUGGACGUGCGAAGUCGAGCAUCUUGA